AUGGCAUUAGCAGAGAAAGUGCUAAGAAAGAUAAAUAAGUUAGGUUUAAUUCCCAAGGCUAGGAGACUUCUACCUAGAAUAUCUUUUGUUUUAGCGUUAUUUAGUAUUAUAUGGUUAAUUACAUUACCUCAAGAUGGAAAUUAUAGAAAUUGUUAUAUAUCAGAAAAUGCAUUAAUGCCAGCACAAGUAAACUCAUACUUUAGAGAAAGUGAAUGGAAUAUUGUGCGUGGAUACAGAGAUGAAAUACACAAAAUGGAAAAUGAAUCAAUUGAAACUAGAAAUAAACACCUAAAAGAAUGGUUAAUUGAUUUAGGAUUACAAGUUUCAAGUCAUAAAAAUGGAGUUGCAAAUGAUACAUUAUACGCGAUUAUGCAUGCUUCAAGAGGAGAAAAUACUGAGGCAAUGGCGUUGGUCGUACCUUGGAUCAAUUCUGAUAACGAAUAUAAUGAAGGAGCAAUGGCUUUGGGGAUAGCAUUAAUAAGAUAUUUUCAACGUAUUUCAGUUUGGUCAAAAAAUAUUAUAUUGGUGAUACCUCCAGAUGGUGAACAAAGUUUAAGGUCUUGGGUCAAUGCGUAUCAUACAAUUUUAGAUGAUACAGCAGGAUCAAUUGAAGCAGCAAUUGUUAUAGAAUAUGGUAAACAAGGUGAUAAUUUUGAAUACUAUGAUAUGUUUUAUGAAGGAUUAAAUGGUCAACUACCAAAUUUAGAUUUAUUAAAUACUGCAAACUUGAUAAGUCUGCAUGAAGGUAUGAGUUGUCAUAUGCAAGGUAUUAGUGAUAGAGCUAUAAAUUAUGAGAAUAGAUUAAAAACUUUAUUCAAAGGUAUAUUGAAAUUAGCCUUGGCUGGCUCAAGGGAUGUUCAUGGACAUGAAGCAUUUUCAGGAUGGCAAAUACAAGCAUUUACAAUAAAAGCUAAGGGAACAAAAGGUCCAGAUAUUACUCAGUUUGGUAGAAUUGUUGAUUCUACAUUUAGAUCAGUUAACAACUUAUUAGAAAAAUUUCAUCAAUCGUUUUUCUUUUAUUUGAUGUUAAGUCCCAAACAUUUUGUUUCGAUCGGUACUUAUUUACCAAGUGCUGUUAUGUUAGCUGUAAGUUACGCUUUAAGUGCACUCAAUGUUAUUUUAAAUUCAGGUAUCGACAUCAAUGAAAUUCCACAAAAUAUUACAAAAUUAUUGACAACAGCUACUUUAAUUGAAUUAUUUUGUUUGGUUUUAGCUAUGGUGAUUCCACAAUUACCUGAUGAUACUAUUAAUAUAGUUCCAACAAUGGCACAGGGUAUAUUUGGUUUAUUCAUUGUCAGAUCUUCCAAAGCAUCAAAAACAACUAGUUUCACAUUAAUUGCAUUUGCUUUGUUAAUGAUUGCAUUGUUGAUAACUGCCUUAUUGAUCGUUCAUUUUGCAUUAGCUUUCACUAUUGGUAUAUUAGCACUUCCAUUAACAUUUAUUCCACUAGUAAUUGAAAAAAAUAGAAAAUUAGCUAUUCCAUGUUUAAUAGUAUCAAAUCCUUUCACCAUAGUUUUAAUAGCACAUUCAUACCCAGAGUUUGAUGAUAUAUUUUUACAAUUAGUUAGAGCUUGGACUGAAUUACAAUGUUGGACUUGGUUGGUUGUCAUACUAGGUUGGUUUUCUGCAUGGUUAAUGAUUGCAUAUGGUGCAGCAGGAAUAUAUAGUAGUCCACCAACACUUGAAACAAAACCAAAAGAUGUAAGAGAAACAAAAUUGGAAGAGUCAUCAAUUUAA